AUGAGCAGAACUGUUAAUACCUCUACCAUUACUGUCAAUGAAAUGGCAACCCCCCAGAAAGAUGUUUUCAAGAAUGGCUCUCUAUUAUGUCAGACCUCUACAGUUGGUACAAAACUUGAGGAAACACGAUGUCAGUUUGAUUUAAUCAUUCCAGCUACAGGUGUUGUAUGUAGUGGCGAGUAUAACAGCAGCCUGUGGGCUCUGACAGGACAGUGUGAUGUCGCACGUGCAAACUCCUCGCGGGGCAGGUACUACUGUCUGGUAUACCAAAUCAAUCAGAAAUCUCCUUCUGUUCAGAGUUUAGUGGGCAAUUUUACUAUGUCCAGACCUGACACUUAUGUGAAUGGCACAUGUAAAAUAAAUAGCCCUCUACCUCCAGAAGGAAAUUACAGCUACAACAUCAUAAUUACACCUGGUCAAGCACAAGUGCUUCUUUCAUUUACUGAAAGUAGUGAAAUUCGACCUCCUUCUCAGCCUCCUAGUCACAACUGUCCGCUGUAUGUUGAGGAAAACGACGAUGUGAAGUGUAGUUGCUACACCACAGACCUCGGCAAGCCGUCUGGUCUUGUGAUGUGGACAGAAACUGGAUCAUCGGUGCUGAGGCUUGAGAAAGUCAACAGGACACAACAUGAAAAUACUUACACGUGUAGCCUGAUGUGGAACAACACAGAUGUACUUAGAGUUAACUACACAUUACAAGUAAACUACUCAUCACGUGUGCUGACUUUCAAAAUAAACAACAUGGACAUCGACACUGUGAAUGUUAGUGAAAACACAGACUUGACAGUUGUUUGUAAAGCUGAUGGCAGACCCACACCCAGUCUAAGUCUCUUCAAGAACAUCGACAACCAAAAGUUUAAACUAGCAGUUGUUAAUGAUUCUGAUGAACUAACACAUACCAUGACUGCUGUGACAUGCCAAGAUGCAGGCAACUACGUUUGUCAAUCAGAAAACAUCAUUUGUGUGGAUGCAAAAUCGAUCCAGGUGUUUGUUUUCUGUGAGUAUUUUGAUUUGGGAGUUAUGAUUAAGAUUUAA